AUGUCUGAGAGACGUGGCUCUCGCGAGUAUUCCAGAAGCGGCUCCGAGAGAUCAAGUACAUGCGUUGUACAAACCAAAUUCAGCAAAGAAGAUAACAAGAAGGGACGUGGAAAAGUUUAUGCCUUACUUUUAUCAGAUCCCUAUGUGAUUGCCGGCUUCUUACCCACACUUAUCAGUGGUGCAUUCCCAAUCAUUACAUUCUAUUUCCUUGGUAACAUCAUUACAUUAAUGGGCGAGUACACAAUGGGAAAAAGAGAUGAUCCAAUUAAAGAAAUUGUCAAGUAA